GACGGUGAACUUCGUUUCCCAGCGUGCAUCGCGCUGACAGCUUCUUCCUCGCGACAAAAAUGGCGGCGCCUUUAACACUCCUGCUGAUAGUGGCUGUUACAAUAAGAGCCGUUUUAUUCCGAUCCAGUUUGGCGGAGUUAAUAUCAGAGAGAGUCGAGGUGGUGUCGCCUUUGAAUGCGUGGAAACGAGUUGUAGAGGGUCUUGCCUUGUUGGAUCUGGGGGUCUCGCCUUACUCAGGAGAUGUGUUUCAUGAAACACCUUUUAUGAUAUACCUCUUUCAUUUUCUGGUCGACUAUGCAGAGAUUGUUUUUAUGAUAGCAGAUGGAAUCACAGCAGUGGCUCUUUAUCUGUCAAUUCAGACUUAUAACAAGAAUGUGUUUAGAAAACAGAAGUAUGCCUUGGAAUCAGACCGGUAUCCCGCCGACUGUUUGGAGCUCCUCCGCUCUCCCAAGGAAAUGUUCUACAUCCCCCUCAAGGUUGCUAUGUUUUAUCUGUUAAAUCCCUUCACCAUCCUGUCUUGUGUGGCAAAGUCAACUUGUGGGCUGAACAAUGCCAUUAUUGCGCUCUUCAUUCUCUGUACAUUAAAAGGUAGUGCCUUGUUGAGUGGGAUAUUGUUGGCCUUGGCCACAUAUCAGUCCAUCUAUCCUCUGACCCUGUUUGCUCCUGCGCUCCUGUUCUUCCUGCAGAGGUUAUAUAUCCCAGUGAACCUGAGGAGGAGUAGUUUCUGGUUCUUCACUCUUCAGUAUGCGUUCAUAUAUGUAGGCAGUCUUGUGGUGAUCACUGGACUCUCUUUCUUCCUCCUGGGCUCCUGGGACUUCAUCCCUUCUGUCUAUGGAUUCAUAUUAUCUGUUCCUGACCUGACUCCAAACAUCGGACUCUUCUGGUACUUCUUUGCAGAGAUGUUUGAGCAUUUCCGUCUCUUCUUCAUCUGCGUCUUUCAGAUCAAUGUCUUUUUUUACACCAUCCCGCUCUCCAUCAAACUCAAGGAGCAUCCAGUGUUCCUCAUCUUCAUGCAGAUUGCCAUCAUCUCCAUCUUUAAGUCGUACCCUACUGUGGGAGAUGUCGCCCUCUACAUGGCAUUUUUGCCGGCCUGGAGUCAUCUUUACAGAUUUUUGAGAAACAUCUUUCUGGUGUCAUGUGUGCUGUUGGCGUGCGCCGCACUCUUUCCUGUACUCUGGCAUUUGUGGAUAUACGCUGGCAGUGCCAACUCUAAUUUCUACUACGCCAUCACAUUGCUCUUCAACUUUGGACAGAUCCUCCUAGUGUCCGAUUAUUUCUACGCCUACCUGCGUCGAGAACAUCACCUGACCCACGGCCUCUAUCUGAAGAAGAAAGACGGCACUGAAGCCACUCUAGUAUUAAAGUGACCUCCUGUCACAGGUCUUCGAGAUCUCACCGACUGCCUCACACUCUCAUAAAUUUCCACACUACACUUUUUCCCCAGCUCUUUUUCUCUCUCAGUUCAAUUUGCCUCUCCUUUCUUUUUUUUCAAAGCCUGUUACUUUCUUUUGCACAUUUGAGCAUUUUACCUCAUGUUUGAAUGUUGACACCCUCUCUUGGACCAAAGCUGUUUUGUACGAGACUUUUUGAUAAUGGGGGCUGGCUGAAGGUAUCUGAGUGAUACAGAACUUUACUGUUUUGGCUCCCAUGAGGUGGGUACAAAGUUAUUUUCACUUUCGAUUUGCUCAUCUUUCUUUGUUUCUAAGGAUUUCUUUUCUUUAUUAAAGUCUAUUCAAAAAGUGAGGUUGUUUGGUUGGAUGGUGCAGUUUGAAGCCAUGGUCAGCAGAGGGCAUAACGUGAAUGUGAAUGUGACAGAAUCCUCUGCACCUUUGUGGACAUUUUAUCAGAGAGUCUGACAUGAAGAGGUGGUUUUAUUCAAACGCUCUCUGAAUGCUUUUCUUGGUUUGACUAACAAAAAUGUUAUUUUAUUUUUUAUUAUUUUUGCAUUUUAAUAAUUCAAGAGGCAUAAGAGUUCCUUAAAUAUUUAGAUUUGAUACUUUUUGUACAACAGUCUUGUUUUGUUUAUGUU